AUGCCUGUCAGUGUUCCUAGCCGGGGAGGACCAGGCGGGGGGAAGAAGGGCACGGCAUCGAAGACCAUCCCAGGAAGAAAAAGCACCUCGGGCAAGGUUCCACUGGGAUCUUCCCGCCAUCGGAAGGUUGUCCGAGACAGCAUCAGAGGAAUCACUCGCCGUGGAGGCGUGAAGCGCAUCUCAGGAAACAUUUACGAAGACUGCCGUAAAGCUCUUAAAGAUCAUUUGAGCGAGAUUCUACGCAUUUGCGUCAUGUACGUGGAGUACAGAUCAGCUAAGACGGUUACCGUCAACGAUGUCAUCUACUCGCUUCGUCAGAUCGGUCGCCCUAUCUAUGGCUUCGACCCGGAGAUGGACCGCAAGAAGCUGCGAUCCAUGCCCUUCCAGGACGCCAGAGACUAA